CGCUGCCGUUUGACAAAAUUCCAGCACCGUCACUGCUUGCAUUCCUCAAAGAGUUUGGACCGUUCGGAAAAUACAAGGAUGGGACACUGUACGACAUUAACAAGCGUAUGCGCGAGCUUUACGGACCGAUCAUGCGGAUGAAUGGAUCGUUUGGGCGAGAAGACAUCGUGAUGACGUUCGUGCCAGAAGACUUUGAAAAGGUGCUAAGAUCGGAGGGUCAAUGGCCUAGGCGUACCGGGAUGGAUUCGUUUGUGUACUACCGCAAACAGCAUCGACCAGAGUACUUUAAGGGUUAUGGAGGACUUUUGGCUGAACAAGGCGAAGACUGGCACAAGAUGCGAACGAUCGUCAAUCCGAUCAUGAUGCAGCCGAAGAUCAUCAAGCUGUAUGUGAGCAAGGUGGAUGCGGUUGCUCAGGAGUUUAUGGAUAUUGUUAGUGGCUUGCGAGAUGAAAAGAACGAACUUCCAGCAGACUUUAACGAAUGGCUCAAUCGCUGGGCUCUGGAGACAAUGGGAGUGCUGGUGUUGGACACUAGACUAGGAGUUUUGGACAAGGAACAUAGUGCCGAAGUUAGCAAGCUGAUUAAUCUUACCAAGGACGCAGUCAUGCUGUUCUAUCAGCUAGACAUCCUACCAUCCAUUUGGAGGAAGCUGAAGACUCCCGGCUUUUACCGUCUGAUGCGUACGCUAGACGAGCUUUAUCAUACAAUUGCGUCGAAAAUCGACGAGGCGGUGAUAAGGAUGGAAAAGAACCCCAGUACCGAUGCAGACAACCUGAGCAUUUUGGAGAAGCUGUUGAAGGUGGAUCGUAAAGCGGCCUUCACUAUGUCGAUGGAUAGCUUGUUUGCUGGUGUCGAUACGACAUCGUCAGGUUCGACGGGAGUACUCUACUGCUUGGCCAAAAACCCCGAAAAGCAGGAGAAACUACGAGCAGAACUUCGUCGAAUUAUGCCUGAGAAGAACACACCUCUAACGCCUGAGCGUAUGAAGAACAUGCCGUACCUGCGAGCUUGCAUCAAGGAGGGUCUCCGAAUGUAUCCCCCAACUUCGGGCAAUGGGCGCUGUGCUGGGAAGAACCUCGUACUUCAAGGAUACCAGAUCCCGAAAGGAAUUCUUGUAGGGAUGGGACAGCUUGUACUCCAGCGCGAAGAAGGUUACUUCACACGACCCACCGAAUUUAUUCCGGAACGCUGGCUUAGUGGAGAAGCUGCGGCCGGAUGUCCCAGUGCAAAGGAGGUGCAUCCGUUCAUUUAUAUGCCGUUCGGGUUUGGAGCUCGUUCCUGCAUCGGGCGACGACUCGCGAUGCUGGAGAUGGAAAUUCUGAUUUCCCGUAUGGUGCGUCAGUACGAUAUCCGAUGGAACUACGGUGAACUGAAGUACAGAGCGACGUUGGUCAACAUACCGUCCAACGACUUGAUGUUCCAACUGAAAGACGUCAACGAUUGCUCGGUUCGGUGGCGAUCGACUGCUGAAGCUCAUGUAACGCACCCGGCGAGCGGUAUCGGUGGAGAGAAUGUGAUCGAUCCGGAGUGGGCCACCGCUAAGCCGUACAAAUGUAUACCGGGCCCGAGUGUGUGGCAGCUGGUGACCGGUUUUGCGAAGGGUGGCCGCUAUGCCAAGCUAAAUCUGGUCGAGUUACAUUACCGUCUGCGGGAAGAGUAUGGAGAUCUUUACCGUAUACCAGGCUGGAUGGGACGGCCCGACAUCUUGAUGAGCUUCUCGCCGGAAGACUUUGAAAAAAUCUACCGCACCGAGGGUCAAUGGCCGGUGCGGCGUAGCUUCGACAGUAUGGCGUACUACCGGCAGCAGAUUCGUCCUGAAAUAUUUGGCGCCACGAGCGGGCUCGUAACUUCCCAGGGCGAAUCGUGGCAGAAGAUGCGAAGCAUUACGAACCCCGUGAUGAUGCAGCCGAAAACGGUGAAGGUGUACGUGGAGCAGGUGGAUGAGGUGUGCCGUGAGUUUAUGGCGAUCAUGGCUAAACUGCGUGACGAUAAGCUGGAGCUGCCGGUGGACUUUAACGAAUGGAUCAACCGAUGGGCGCUAGAAACGACCGGUGUGCUGGCAAUGGACACGAGGCUAGGGGUAAUGCGUGCGAAAAAUGACGGAGAAGGACACAGGCUAGUGGAUCUUGUGGAUGAAAUUUUCGAGCUAAGCUACCAGCUGGACGUUCUGCCUUCGAUGUGGAGAUACUACAAAACUCCAAGCUUUAAUCGAUUAAUGAAACUGUUUGAUGAAAUGACUGACAUCACGAUGGAAAAAAUCGAUCAAGCUAUGGCACGGGUUGAGAAAAAUCCAACGUCGGAGGACAAUCAGAGCGUGCUGAAGAAAUUGCUAAAGAUCAACAAACACAUUGCGGUGAUCACGGCUCUCGAUAUGAUAUUUGCCGGUAUUGACACGACAUCGUCAGGUUCCGUUGCAAUACUGUACUGCCUUGCCAAACAUCCCGAAAAGCAGGCAAGACUACGCGAAGAGCUUCGAACGAUAAUGCCCUCCAAAGAUAUGCCACUCACCGCGAACAUGAUGAGCAAUUUACCGUAUCUGCGGGCCUGCAUUAAGGAGGGCAUGCGAUUGUAUCCACCAACAGCAGGGAACGUACGAUCCACCGGACGUGAUAUGGUGCUUCAAGGCUAUCAGGUUCCAAUGGAUACGAACAUUGCCAUGGGCUCGCUGGUGCUGAUGAGUGAUGAAAAGUACUUUACACGCUCGAAAGAAUUUCUUCCCGAACGCUGGUUGGCGGAGCGUGAUCCUGACAUACCGAGCGCUAAGGAUGUGAAUCCAUUUAUUUUCCUUCCGUUUGGGUUUGGUUCGCGCAGCUGCAUCGGCAAACGGUUGGCUAUGAUGGAGAUGGAAGUGAUGCUGGCACGUUUAGUAAGACAGUUCGACUUUCGGUGGAAUUAUGGAGAUUACAAAAUUCGUACCACGGUCAUAAACCUUCCCGGAUGUCCGCUCCGUUUCGAGGUAAGAGAUGUAGAUCACUAAUGAGUCUCUGGGUG